AUGAAGCCGGCGCGGCUGAUGCUGCUGCUGAGCGGGUGCGCGCUGCUGCUGGCGCCGGCCGUGCGGGGCUGCGGGCCGGGCAGGGUAGUGGGCAGCCGCCGCCGCCCGCCCCGCAAGCUCAUCCCGCUUGCCUACAAGCAGUUCAGCCCCAAUGUUCCCGAGAAGACGCUGGGGGCCAGUGGCCGCUACGAGGGCAAGAUCGCGCGUAACUCGGAGCGCUUCAAGGAGCUCACGCCCAACUACAACCCCGACAUCAUCUUCAAGGACGAGGAGAACACCGGCGCCGACCGGCUUAUGACCCAGCGCUGCAAGGACCGCUUGAACUCCCUGGCCAUCUCUGUCAUGAAUCAGUGGCCAGGGGUGAAGCUGCGGGUGACAGAGGGCUGGGAUGAAGAUGGGCACCACUCGGAGGAGUCACUGCAUUAUGAGGGCCGAGCUGUGGACAUCACGACCUCAGACAGGGACCGCAACAAGUACGGCAUGCUGGCUCGCCUGGCCGUGGAAGCUGGCUUUGACUGGGUCUACUAUGAGUCCAAGGCACACAUCCACUGCUCCGUCAAGUCAGAGCACUCCGCCGCUGCGAAGACAGGGGGCUGCUUCCCUGGGCGGGCGCUGGCGACGCUGGAGGACGGUGCCCAGAUGCCGCUGUGGGCACUGCGCCCAGGCCAGCGGGUGCUGGCGAUGGACAGGGCAGGCAGGCCCACCUACAGUGACUUCUUGGCUUUCCUGGACAAGGAGCCUCGAGCUCUCACCUCCUUCCACGUCAUCGAGACGCGGGAGCCACCCCGGCGCCUGGCCCUGACGCCUACCCACUUGCUCUUCGUGGCUGAGAAUGCCUCAGUGCUUGCAUCCCACUUCCACCCCACCUUUGCCAGCCAUGUGCGCCCUGGACAUUUUGUGCUGGUGGUGGCAGGGGGAGGUGGCUUGCAGCCUGCUGAGGUGGUGGGGGUGCGGCACCAGAGGGACAUAGGAGCCUAUGCCCCACUGACGCGCCAUGGGACGCUGGUGGUGGACGGCAUGGUGGCCUCGUGCUUUGCCCUGGUGCAGGAGCAACAUCUGGCACAGAUGGCCUUCUGGCCACUUCGGCUCUACCACAGCCUGGUGGGGUGGCCAGGGAUGCAGGGAGAUGGUAUGCACUGGUACUCAUGGCUGCUCUACUGCUUGGGCAGGCUGCUCCUGCCCCCUGACAGCUUCCACCCACUGGAGGUACCCCGGGCAGAGAGCUGA